CGCGAAAUAUGAAUCUAAGCCCUCUCCCUUUCUUCAAUGAAUAAUAAAAGAUCAAAUGAUGUUAGUAUCAUUCCUAAAUCAGAUAUUCGUCAAUUGAUUAGAGUUACAAAGCCACAAGCUCAACGGACUAUUGAUCAUCCUCAUGUGAGAUAUAAUCAACUCGGUCGGAUAUCAUGCAUUUUAUGUGGUGUGCAAAUCAAAUCAGAAUUUGCUUGGACUGCACAUAUACUCAGCAAGUCGCAUAAACAAAACGAACUACGUGGAAUCCAAUUGCCCAUUAAACGUCCUACUACAGGAGCCAAAGCAAUUGACGAGGUAACCUGUAAAUCGGCGAAAGUUGAAAACGAAGUUAAGUCAGACGAGAAAGAUUCGGAUGCUAACCAACACAACAACUUACCAACGUUAAUUCCCAGUGAAAAAAUAUGUGAAAAAAAUCCUGCAGAGAAAAAAGUAGAAUCGCAAUCUCAACUUCCAGAAGGUUUUUUUGAUGACCGAUAUAAGGAUGCAAAAGUUCGAUGUGUUCCAUAUAAGGAUAAAAUGGCAGAAGAGUUGGAACUUUUUCAAAAAGAAAUGAUUGCUCUGGAAAAGCACUCAGAAGAAAUCAUGGAAAAAGAAAGUGAAGCAUCAGUAUCUGAACGAAAUUUGGCUGAAAUAAAUGAACAAAUAAUGAAAUGGGAAAAAAUCAAACAAUUAGAAAAUGAAAAAGAUUUAUACGAAAUGCGAUUAAAGAAAAAACUAACAGACAGUAUAAAUCAAUUUAAAAAACUCGAAAACCAUAUAGACAUCAAGAUAAAAAAGGAACAAUGCUACACAGAAGACGACGGUGACGGUGAUUAUAAUAAUAAUAAUAAUGGUGAUGAGGAUGAUGAUGAUGAUGAAGACAAUAUCUCCGAUGAAUUAAACAAUUUCCGAACAAAAAAUACAAUUUAAAUGAAAUAACGAAAGACAUUGUCUUUUCCUGUGUUCUUUUUCACAUACAUACAUAACUAUUUCUGUAUAUAUGUGUUUAUGGAAUGAGUGCGUAUCAUGUUAUUUGUAAUGUAAAAAAUAAUUUUAUAUAUAAGAAAUAAGCUACUUGCUAGUGUAUAAGUAAUAUGCACAUUUGCUAUAAAGUGUGUAAAGUAUAUAGACAGGUGGAGAAUGAUAUAUACAUAUAAGCAGUAUAUAUCUAAAUAAUUGAAAAAGUUUGUCUUUUUACAGUCUUAUAUUAUUUCAUCAUUAUUCAAGUCCCUGCCAUUAUCUCGGCUUUUAAUUUGAUAGUGCUACCGAGUAUUCUGUUUUUCUUCAUGCAAAUAAAGUAAAUUGAGUGUUAUUCUUUUGUAGUUAGAUUAAUUUUAUACACAAUAACAAUUAAGAAUGAGCAAGAUACAGUAAAGAUGUGGUCGAUUAUACAAAAAAUGAGAAUAGAUUGUGAAAGGCGAACAGGCAUAUGAGAAUAAAGUUGUUUAUAUCUUAUUGGAUAACGAUUAGUAUGCCAUUGAUAUAUUCAUCGGGAGCUGUAAUGGAAUUUUUAUAUAUAUGGUGUUUCGUUUCUGUUUAGUCAAUAAAUUUCUGUGGUGAUAUAAUUGGUUUUUCA